AUGGGUGAUAAUGAAACAUGUAGAUCAUGGAACGAUAUUGUUUCCGGUGAGGAAAUCGUUAUUUCCGGUAUUGCUGGUAGAUUUCCUAAUUCGGAUAAUAUGAAUCAAUUACGAGAAAAUUUAUUCAAUAAAAUUAAUCUUGUAAAAGAUCAUAACCGAUGGGAAAUAGAGCAUGCGGAACUUCCAUCCCGUAUAGGUAGUGUUAAUAACAUAAAAAAAUUUGACGCGGAUUUUUUUGGUUUAUCUUUUGAGCAAGCACACACACUCGCACCCGAAACAAGAAUGUUACUGGAACAUUCUUAUGAAGCAAUUAUCGAUGCAGGAAUUAAUCCAAAACAAUUACGAGGAAAAGAUACUGCUGUGAUCAUAGGGUUAUCUACUAUUGAUGCACAAGAGAAAUUCCUAUAUGAAGAUUAUCAGUUAGGUGAUAUUGGUUGGAAUAUUACCGGAUGUAGCCUUUUUGGAAUAGCUAAUACGAUUUCGUAUUACUUGGAUCUAAAAGGACCAUCUCAGACCGUCAAUACAGCAUGCAGUUCUGGUCUUUACGCCUUGGCUCUUGGUUAUCAUUAUAUUAUGUCGGGAAAAUGCGAAGAUGCGAUAAUUGGAACUGCAAACUUAUGUUUUCAUCCAUUCAUAAAUCUGCAACUCGCUCGUCUUGGUAUUUUGUCACCCGACGGUUGUUGCAGACCUUUCGAUUCCGCUGGAAACGGUUAUUCACGUAGCGAAACGGUAGGCGUAAUAUACCUUCAAAAGGCGAAAAAUGCAAAGAGGAUUUAUGCCAUAUGUCCUCAUAUAAAAUUAAACAACGAUGGUUACAAAGAAGAAGGAAUAACAUAUCCAUCGAUCCAUAUGCAAAGUACUCUGCUAACGGAAUUUUACAAUGAAUGCGAAAUACCAAUAUCUUGCUUGGAAUACAUUGAAGCACAUAGUACCGGUACCAAAGUUGGUGAUGCUCAAGAAAUAAUAUCUAUUUACAAUAUUUUGUGUAAGAAUAGAGAAAUUCCAUUAAUGAUCGGCUCCAUAAAAUCCAAUCUUGGUCAUGCUGAAGCCGCGAGUGCUUUUAGUCAAAUCGCUAAGGUAAUAAUAGCGUUCGAAACCGGAUUUGUUCCACCAAACAUCAAUUAUACGUCACCACGAAAUGAAAUGGAUGCCUUGAUAAAUGGAAGUAUUUGUGUCGUUCAAGAGCCAAUGCCAAUUAAAAAUGGUUAUGUAGCAAUCAAUUCUUCCGGUUUUGGAGGAUCCAACGCUCAUACGUUAUUAAAGCGGAAUCGUAAACAGAAAGUUAGUAAUGGAGCACCGAAUGAUGGCUUACCUAGACUUGUAAUAUUAUCUGGACGUACUGAAGAAUCAGUGAAGUUAUUUUUAAACGAUAUUGCUAAUCGUCCGAUAGAUGUAGAAUACAUCCGUUUAUUACAUGACAUCUAUGCAGACAAUUUAGACGGCCACUCAUGGAGAGGGUACAUAAUACUAAAUUCUUUCCAACAAGAUUCAAUAAAGGAAAUUCAAAAUUGUAAUAGCAUGAAAAGACCCGUCUGCUUCGUAUUUUCAACUUUAGGUUCGCAGUGGCCAGGAAUGGGUCGAAACUUAUUGAAAUUUCGCGUUUUUGCAAAAACGAUAAGAAAAUGCUACGAUAUUUUAAAACCAUAUGAUAUAAACGUCAAGGACAUUUUGACAAAUACAGAAGUAUGCGAAAACGCAUUAAACGCGUUUAUUGGAAUCAUCGCUAUUCAGGUCGGUUUAGUAGAUCUCCUAACGUCCUUAGGAAUUAAUCCGGAUUACAUGAUUAGUCAUUCUGGCGGUGAACUUGGUUGCGCGUACGCAGAUGGAUGUCUCACUAUUGAACAAACUAUUUUAUCAGCAUACUUUAUUGGUUUGGCAUGUGCCGAAGGAAAAAUAAUUCGUAGUUCAAUGGCGGUUGUCAAAAUAGGUUAUGAUUAUCUUAAAAACAUAUGUCCAACAGACAUUGAAAUAGUAUGCCGCAAUAGUGAGAACAAUAGCGUUGUGAGUGGACCUACAGAAUCUGUACAAGAAUUCAUGAAAAAAUUACAGGUGAAUAACAUUUACGUGAAGGAGAUCUAUUGCAACAUACCGUAUCAUAGUUCGUAUCUCGCAUCCGCGGAAACUCAACUUUUGCUUAAUUUGAACAAACUAAUACCCUGGCCGAAGAAACGAAGUCCAAAGUGGAUCAGCACUUCCAUACCUCGUACCGAAUGGGUUAAUUCAGCAUCAAAAUUAUCAUCGGCGAACUAUCAUACGCGUAGUAUAUUAAACACCGUUCUCUUUGAACAAACAUUGUAUUUAAUUCCGAGUAACGCUAUUACUAUCGAACUCGCACCAUGCGGCGUUCUGCAGAACGUAUUGAAAGAAUCUUUGCAUCCAGAAGUGACAAACAUUGUAUUGACUCAACGUACUGAACAAAAUAACAAUGUAACUUUUCAAGGAAUUGGAAGGCUCUACAACUUUGGACUACAGCCGCAAGUUGCAAAUUUGUAUCCACCAGUGGAAUAUCCAGUUAGUAGAGGAACUACUAUGAUUUCUCCAUCGAUCAGAUGGGAUCAUUCCGAAGAUUGGUUUAUACCAAAGUAUAAAAUACAAAAGUCCAUAAAAUGUAGAGAAAGAUAUGUCGAAAUUUUACUCGACAAUGAGGAUUAUGAUUAUAUGAGUGAUUAUAUAAUUGAUGGAAGCAAUUUUUUACCCGUGACAGGUUAUCUUGCACUUGUUUGGGAAACUGUCGGCAUGAUAAAAGAGCAAAUAUACAAAACACUACCGAUAGUUUUUCGAGAUGUAAACUUUAUUCGUGCUAUUCAUUUGUCAAAAAAUGAUGCUGUAAAUUUGAAAAUUGCGAUACAGAAAGAUGGGAAGUUUGAAAUAACCAAAGGAGAUAGCGUUAUUGUGACAGGUACAGUAUACGAAACAUUGAAUCCAGAACAAGAAAUGAUUCCGACAAAUCUAUUACCGGAAGAUAAUGAUGAAGAAGAACUCAUGACUGCACGUGAUAUCUAUAAGGAAUUGAAAUUGCGUGGAUAUCAGUACAGCGACUGGUUUCGUGGAUUGAAGAGUGCAUCUUUAUCAGGCAAAAAAGGACAUAUCAUUUGGAGAAAUAAUUGGGUAACAUUCAUGGACUCUAUGUUACAGAUGAAAUUUAUCGGAUACGAUACUAGGGAUCUGUAUGUUCCUACGAAUAUUCAAAAAAUAGUGAUUAAUCCGGUGCUUCACGCUUGGAAGCUGCAGGAUAUCACGGAUGGUGGAGAAGUUAUAACAGACAUUGAUAAACCAUUACCGAUACAAAUUUACAAAGAGAUAGACGCGAUUAAAGCUGGGGGAAUAGAGAUACGAGGUCUUAAAACCACUCAAAUCAAUCGCCGAAAUGUAGCCCAAGAUGCUGUUCUUGAGGAAUAUACAUUUGUAGCUCAUUGCGAUCGCGCUCGGAUUUGUUUGUACGAAGCAAUUCGGAUAUCGGCGCAACUCGCAGUGGAAGAUCAUCAAAUUGUCAAAGUGAAAGUUGUGGAACUAGUGGAACGUGAAGAUGAUGUUGCAUUAGAAUAUCUCUCAUCUUCGUUGCUGCUUGAAGCAUUUAAUGAUAUGCCGUUAAUACAAACCAGUAUCACUCUAUUAACAUCGCCGAAUCGAUUUGGUCCAGAUUUAUCGCAAAACUUUUCAAUCAGAGAUUCUGAAAAACCAUCUUUAGAUGACAAAGCUUUAAUUGUUGCUGGAUUCAACCUUUUGACCAAACAACAUGAAUCGUUAGAGCGACUAUUGCCAUUUUUGAGAGAAGGUGGUUACCUGUUGACGCGUGAAAAAUGUGACGUAAUUGACUAUACUAAACAUUUACAACAAUACGAAUUAAAUGUUGUUCUUGAAAAAUGCACUGAUGAAGAAAUAAUUGUGCUUCUAAAGAAGAAAAUUUUGAUAGAAAAAAGGAUUGUUGUUCACAUAAGUAAUGAUAACUUUAAUUGGCUGGAAGAUCUAAAGCCGCUGGUGAACGAUGAGAACAAGCUCGAUGAGAAUAAUAGAAUCAUAAUUGUUGGAGAGAGAGAUUUUGAAUGCGGUUUAUUGGGUUUUAUUAAUUGCUUGAGGAAAGAGCCAGGCGGAGAACUUGUUAGAGGUGUGCUCAUUCAAGAUAAGGAAGGCCCAAAAUUCUCUAUUCAAGACCCCUUCUAUCUACAGCAAUUGCAGAAAGAUAUGACCAUUAAUGUAUUGCGAUCUAAUAAAACCUGGGGAUCAUACAGACAUUUGAAAUUACCACAACCCAAAGCCAUAUCUGUACCUACCGCUCAUGUCCGUCAAUUGGUUUGUGGUGAUCUAAGUACAUUUUAUUGGGUAGAGAACAAUAGAUCGGUUGAGUCUCGUCAUGAGGAUUUAGUAAAUGUUGUUUAUUCAUCUCUGAAUUUCAAAGAUGUAUUGCUUACGACUGGUAAAAUAAUAUUUACUCAAACGCUUUUGAAAGAACGGUUGGAUCAAUAUUUUCCUAUUGGAAUGGAAUAUGUGGGAUGGGAUGCUAACAAGCAACGUGUAAUGGGAAUUCGUGAGACUGAUUGUAUAGCAAACGUUGUUGCGAAAGAUAAAGAUCUGUGUUGGAAAAUACCCGACACGUGGACAUUCGAAGAAGCAGCGACAGUCCCGGUGGUUUACAGUACGGUUUACUUAGCCCUAUACAUUUAUGGAAAAAUGAAAAGAGGCGAUAAAAUACUUAUACAUUCUGGUACUGGAGACAUUGGACAAGCAGCUAUUCAUCUCGCUCUUAACGAAGGAUGCGAGGUGUUUACUACCGUAGGCACAAACGAUAAACGGAAUUUCAUUAAGAAAAUGUUUCCCAUCAUUUCGGAUGGACAUAUUGGAAACUCGCGAGAUACUAGUUUUGAGCAAAUGAUAAUACAACAAACGGAAGGUCGCGGAGUCGACAUCGUGUUAAAUUCAUUGGCGGAAGAAAAAUUAAUCGCAUCCGUUCGAUGUUUAGCGCAAAACGGUCAUUUUUUAGAGAUUGGCAAAUUUGAUUUUGUUUCUAAUAAUCCUUUAAGUAUGUGCGCGUUUCAGAAAGGUAUUAGCUUUCAUGGAAUUAUAUUGGAGAAUAUGAUCACUGGUAAUCGCAAGUAUACGUCCCUAUUGUCCAAAAUGGUAGCCAAUGGUCUAAAAAAUGAAAUAAUCAAACCACUUCAAGUAAAAAUUUUUCCUAAAACAAAUAUCGAAGAAGCUUUUAGGUACAUAGCGAGUGGAAAGCAUAUGGGAAAGAUAAUAAUAAAUAUUCAUAAAAAGGAUGAACCUUUAGAUAAGCACAUUCUCGCGUAUCGUCGCUAUUAUUGUCUCAGAGAUAGGAGUUACAUUAUACUAGGAGGUCUGGGCGGAUUUGGUUUAGAAUUAACCGACUGGCUUAUAUUUCGUGGUGCCAGAAAUGUCGUUCUGAUUUCAAGAAAUGGAAUAAAAAACGGUUAUCAACGCAUGAAAGUUCGACUAUGGAAGUCGUAUGGUGUAAACGUUCUGAUUAUCAAAAAUAUUGAUGUUGCUGACCUCAAAGAUUGCGAAUAUCUUUUACGGACUGCGGAGAAAGAAGCACCGGUGGACGCAAUAUUCAAUCUUGGUGUAGUAUUAAAGGACAACGUCCUCAAGAACCAAACCGCAGAGACAUUUGCAGUGUCCUUCCAACCGAAGGCUCGAGCAACGCACAUGUUGGACAAACUUUCUAGGAAAAUCUGUCUGAAAAUGCGGCAUUUUGUAGUGUUUUCUUCCGUUUCCUGCGGCAGAGGAAUCGCUGGACUGACUAAUUAUGGCAUGGCCAACUCCGUCAUGGAGAGAAUUUGCGAGAAGAGAGCGGAGGAAGGAUUACCUGGAUUGGCGAUUCAGUGGGGAGCUAUUGGUGACGUGGGUCUCGUCGGAGAUGUGCAGGAAAACAGUAAGGAAAUAGUUAUCGGUGGCACCGCACGCCAGAAAAUUUUCUGCUGUCUCAACGAGCUCGAUAAGUUUUUACUUCAAAGCCGGCCGAUUGUGAGCAGUACGGUCGUAGCUGAGAAAACAGUGGGACGUUACGGAUUUGGAAAUUUGGUAGAAACAGUUGCUAAUAUUUUAGGCAUAAGUGACAUAAAGGCUGCAAGUCCAAAUUCAUCUCUGGUCGAACUUGGUAUGGACUCCAUGAUGAUAAUAGAAAUUAAACAAAUUCUCGAACAAGGAUUUGAUAUAUUUCUCACAACAAAAGAGAUAAGAAAUCUCACUUUUGCGAAACUUACAAAGGAGCAUUAG